CAACUCGUGAAUUCUUUUUUCCUGCAUGACCUAAUUGACAACUAGAUGAACAAUGAUAGUUUAGUUAAUGCUAAGUACCUUGCACAACGUUGUUUUAUGAGGAAAAUGACUCUUAAUCAUCGCACUUAAACAUGUACAAACUGUAUAUAUACACCAUUUGCAGCAAGUUCUUUUAGUUUCUAUCUCUGCUUGUAUCCUUGAAUUCCUUCAGCGUGCUUGUUUUUUCCCAUGAUGACAAGAAAGUUGGCUGCAAUCGCGUUGCUGCUAGUGCUGCAUCUUCUUGCUGCUGAUAUUCCUUCAUCCUCUGCCUUGCGUCCUUAUGGUUAUAAAGAGACUCUACUGCAAAUUCAGAACUGGAGAGAAGCAAAUGGUGGUAAGAAGUCUGGAAAUGGUGGAGAUACUGAGAUCCCAGGCAGGAGUAACUCGGUGGCCUUCCGGAGCUUAAGGACGAGUUUGCCGGCCAAAGCACCACCGCCACCUGUAGUCAAUCGGACGAAGGCAUUCAUCAUAGUUUCACCCCCUCCUCCAAAGGCCUGAAGAUGUAGUAACUAGUAAAUGAUCUGAUUGAUUCCCGCAACAAGCUUAUGAUCAUAUGACGCUUUUGUGUGUUAGCCUUGCGGGUUGCCUAUGUCGAUGGCAUAAUGUUGUUAUAGGAUGUGGGUGUUCAUAAAUAAUAUUUCAGAAAUGAAGUUCGUCCAAUUCUUUCAGGCUCGAUUCACCUGUAAUUUGAGUUGACCAGAAGUUCAUGUGUUGGCCAAAAUGUUGAUGAUCAGUCAUCUGGCUGGAACCAGAUUGAUUAAAUCGAUCCAUUCAUAGCUUUAUUGGAACAUGAUAUAACUACUUAAACCUGCUCGAGUCCAUUGAUGUGUAAUUGAGACCCACCACGAUGCCAACAUGUGAUCCCAGUUAGCCAAUGAUCCAAUUUACCCGCAGCUCGAUUGGUCUAUGUCCCAAUUGGAAUAGAGUAUUGAAUCUAUA